AUGGUCUUCUUCCCUAGACGUCAAUCCCAACUUGAACCUAUACCCACCACAGGGGAAGAUAGUCAAUAUGGAGUGAUGAGUAUAAAUAGUGAUUGGUCUACUUCUUCGCCACCUCCACCGAGUGAUAUCCCCUCCAACUUACCUCCACACGAACCACUUUCAGGAUUACAUCCACCAAAUAAACCUUCCACGUUUAUCUCUCAAGAACCAUCAAGAACAUCUGUGAUAAGAGGAGAUACUUCACCAGAACUUAAAUGGGAAGAUAACAUUCAAGAUGUCGAACAUGGAUCUGGAUCUGGAAUGGAUGGAGGGAUAAAGGAAUCAUCAUCCUUCAUUAAAGAGAAAGAUGGAGUGGAACAAACCCCUAUCUCUCAUAGAUCUUCAAUAUCUUCAACAUCUACGGAAUCUCCUGAUAGCCCUUCGACUGUAAUGGCGAAUUUUACUCCUGGUCCGAUUAAUAAAGAAUUAUUAGAAUUCCCAGGUCUUUCCAUUCCUCCCAUUCCUCGAGAAUCUUCACACAUGUCAUCCAUCCUCAUGUCCGAACAUUCUUCCCAUCAUCACAACCUAUUUCCGUUUUCUCAUCAAGCACUGAACCCUCAGACUAAGGAUUCACAACAUCAAACUUUUGAAUCUGAUCAUCAAACUCCAGAAUCCAAAAAUCAGACUCAAGAAUCACAUGGUCAGAUAUCAGAAUCAACAAUCGCUCCUAAACCCAUCCGAGUAGGAGAAACUCUUAGGAUAAUGCGUCAUACAAUCAGUCUUGAAAGUUUACCUGAUUUAUCCCCACCUUCUUCCCCUGCAUCAUUAGCUUCUUUACCUUCGUUCGCCCCAUCUCUUUCGUCACUCAGUCGCACAUCCAGUCCGGCGUUACAUGACGUAUACGAUCGUAUCAGUCCAUCGGGGAGAGAAAUGGGAGAGAUGGAUUUGGUUUUACCAACGUUACAUCUACCAAACGCUAGUUUACAUCUUUCUUUGCCACUUUGGGAGGGUAAGGUGGAUGGAGGAUUGAGGGUGGCGUUGGUGGAAAUGGAGGGUGGUUCUCACGUGAAGUAUGAGAAAGAUGCGACUGGGAAGGACGUGGUCAGACCGACCGGGGUGCAUGGGACUACCAUGACUGGGUUGGAUGGAUCGGAUAAGGAGAUAAAUCAGGGAUUGAUAGAAGGAUUGGCGAGCAGUGAAGUGGGGAAUUUGGACCAGAUUGGGAAAGGAGAAAGGAAUGAAAGCGUGGAGAAAGAGAAAAAGUUGAAUGCAGGGAAGAGGAAUGAUAAGACUAGAGAGGUUAUCAACCUUUUGAAGGAAAGUGAGAAGGUGGUACAGUUUUGGGAUCAAGGGAGAAAGGAAGUUGGUGUGGUGAGGGAUGACAAGGUAGUUUUGAGGAUCAUGACGGGGUUGACACUGGAUCAGGCUAAAACAAGAGUCGAAGCGACAUAUCAUACACUUGAUCAGUUACUUCAUCCGAAACCUCGUCUGGAGACGAUGGAUAAGUUGGAAAUGUUAGUGGAAGGGUAUGCUACGAAGGCUGAUUGGGUCCAUCUGGUUUAUAUCCUCGGAGAUGACCAAUCAGACCGGGUGAAAGCUCUGUCGCAUAGUGUACCCACCAUGUCACAAACUCUCGAUUCUCCGUCUUUCUUUCAUCUCCCUUCAUCUCCCCAAACUCACACUGUUUCCCCUCCUGACCCAACCCCUCGACCUUCGACCGUAUCCCCAUCAAUCAAUAAUCCAUCUGGCUACUUCGGUCCACGUCCUUCAACCUCUACCGUCGUUACGCAAUUGAUCAGCCUCAUCGAUCACACCCCUUUAGUCCGUUCCCACUCCACAGCAUCUUUCCUAUCUUGGCGCCCAUCCCUUCGUCCUACCCAAAUUCGUCAUAUGGAAGCUUCCUUUACUUCCGAAUCAUCACGCGACGUGGGAAUCGUUCCCACUCUCGUACAUUUAGGUGCUAGUGGGGAAUGGGAAGCUACACUUUCUCGUCGAAUGGCUCAACGAAGAGAAGCCGAUUCAUCAAGAGAGAUCAGAGGUGGUAAACAUGUUAGAGGUAGACCAAAGGUCACCAAAACGGAAAGACAUAAACCUUGUCAUCCACUUUUCCCACCACAAUCCUCCAGUACGGAAUCGGGUUUAGGAUGGAGCAGAAAAAUUCAGGAUACCUUUGAGGGAGUUCGUGGUUGGGUAGGGGUAAGUGGAAAGUGGGGUUGGGUAUGUGCUGUGGUCGUUGUUGUAGGUGCUGGUUGGUGGAUGAGGAAGUGA